AUGGCAAGUAGUGUUGGCACAUCACCUCUACUUUUACCAGUUGGUAUUAAAAGUCAGCCUGAAGCUGAUAUUAAGCGUACUGGACCAAACAUUGUUGGGAUGAAACCCUUACCAUAUAACGCCAGAAAAGGAAAACUUAAGACUGCUAGAUUGCAAAGUUCAUCAUAUACCAGACGUGUUGCUGCAUUGAAUACUAAAUGUGCUGCUGCAGCUGCAAGUGCAUCCCAAACCCUUACACGCAAUGCUCGGUCAAUGACUAUAACUCCUGACAAAGUGAAGUCCCCUAAACUUGAUAACAAUGGACCUGGUUUGCCACCUCGAGACGACGAUGGAAAUGGUGGCAACGGAGGAGGUGGGGGUAAGUUUUCAGGAGGACUCCCCCUUUUGGGUAUUCUUGGUGUGCUAGAUAUUCUAAAGGACAUUGAGAAACAAUGGCAAGGCAAGAAAAAGAGAUGA